AUGGCCCUUCCUGUCUCUUUGACAGAACUUGUGGAUUUCGACCAGCGGAGCUUCUACAUCUCGGCUGCCGCUAUUGCCUUCAACCCGACUUUCUGGAACGUUGUCGCCCGCAGAGAGUACCGCACCAAGUUUCUCACGCGCCUGUUUGGCGGCAAUGCUCAGACAGCAUGUUACGCACUGGCGGUGACGAUCUUUUCUCUCGGUCUGAUCCGUGACUUCUUGUAUGAGCGCGCCCUGCGGGAUCAGCCCUCGCAUCCGGCGCUAGAAGGUCCUCUGGUUACCUAUGCGGCAUACGCACUAUUGGCAUUCGGCAAUCUCCUGGUUAUAUCGUCAACCUGGCAGUUAGGCAUCACGGGCACAUUCCUUGGCGACUACUUCGGCAUCCUGAUGGAUGACAUCGUGACCGGAUUCCCCUUCAACAUCACCAACGCCCCGAUGUACUAUGGCUCCACAAUGAGCUUCCUUGGUACUGCUUUGUUAUAUGGAAAGCCCGCUGGUAUCUUGCUCACCCUGCAUGUGCUUGUGGUGUACCUGGUGGCCAUACAAUUUGAGAAUCCUUUCACCGCGAGCAUAUAUGCCAAGCGCGAUCGCGAGAGAGCCAAGUCUGGGACGAAGUACGAGGAGAAGAAGGAACUUUGA